CCCCCUCGAGCCUCCAAUGUCCCUAUAAGAAGCGCGCGCAAUGAAAUGAUAACACGAAAAUGACGCCCGCGGCCCUAACCUCCACAGAGACUUGGAGUCUUCUGGCCCUCUCCUUCGCGUGCUUCGGCAUCAUUGCGAAUACUCUCCACGGCGAUGGCGAACCUCUCAUCGCCUCUCUCGCAUUCAGCGGCAUUGCUUUCUCAGCGAGCUACUCGAUGAUCAGAUGGCUGGGCCCGACCUUCAUGAAAGCUGGGCUGAAGGGGAAAGAUCUGAGCAAGGUGCAUAAGAAGGAGAUACCGGAGACAAUGGGUGCGGUUUGCGCCGUCGUCUAUUUGUUGAUCGUCAUUGUGUUUGUACCGUUUCCCUUCUAUAAGGACAUAGUAGCGGCUACAUCAGGAGGCGGGAAUCGAGAUAUUUUGAUGGAGGUGGAAAUCGUAGAGAAGGGGAGGUUUCUGCAUCGAUUUCCACAUAACAAGCUAGCAUCCUACCUAUCUGCCAUCCUCUCCCUCCAAUCCGUAUGCAUCCUGGGCAUCUGCGACGAUCUUUUCGAUAUCCGCUGGCGGCAUAAAUUCUUCAUCCCCGCCUUUGCAAGCAUACCCCUCCUAGCCGUCUACUUCGUCGACUUCGGCGUGACACAAAUCGUGGUACCCAAGCCUCUCCAGUCCUACCUAGGAACGCUCUUCGAUCUCGGCGCCCUCUACUACAUAUACAUGGCAGCGAUAGCGAUCUUCUGUCCAAACAGCAUCAACAUCCUCGCCGGCAUAAACGGGAUCGAGGUCUCUCAAUCGCUCGUCAUCGCCUUCCUGCUCGUCAUCAACGACUGUCUCUACCUGCUCGUUCCAUACCCCCACCCCGCAACGGACUCACAUCUCUUUUCUCUUUACCUGAUCCUCCCAUUCAUCGGCGUCUCUCUCGCUCUCUGGUGGCACAACUGGUACCCCGCCCGCGUCUUCGUCGGCGACACAUACUGCUACUUCGCCGGGAUGGUAUUCGCCGUCGUCGGAAUCCUAGGCCAUUUCUCCAAGACCCUCCUACUGCUCUUCAUCCCUCAGAUCUUCAACUUUCUCUACUCGGCCCCGCAACUCUUCCGCCUUAUCCCCUGCCCGCGCCACCGACUGCCGCGUUUCAACGCUAGGACGGGACUCCUGGAAGCCUCGGUGACCGAGUGGCAGCACCCUCCCAAGCCUAUCAUCAGCCUAGCGCUGAAAGUCCUGGAUCGUUUGCAUCUGAUACGUCUGACCAUGAAUAAGGAGGGCCAGGUCAUCGAGAGCUCAAACUUGACCAUUUUAAACCUGUGGUUGGUGUGGUUUGGGCCCAAGCGGGAAGACAGAUUGGCUAUGGAAAUCAUAGGCAUGCAGGUAGUUUGUGGUCUUCUGGGACUCUUUGUGCGACAUCGAUUGGCGUUAUGGAUCUUCGACGCUGAUAAUUUGACGGUCUAGACUGGUGGGAUUGAUAUAUAGGAUUGUAAAAGACUUGGGAUGAACCACUUAGAUAGUUCGAGAUAUUGAAAGGAGUAUACCAUAGAAUAUAUGCGCCUUAGGUUGCAUACCAACGAAUUGAAUGACCUGGAUGCAAUCGUGGAAUUUAAGGCUAUCAGGCCUACGACUGCACACUAACAGUUUAUAC